GCGUUGUGAUUGGCCAAGUGCAUGUUGGGGGAAGCGGGAUACUCGAUACCCGAUGUUGUGUACUGUAGUUCUUUGCAAACCAAUUCAGGUUUUGUUGCCGAGUAUUCGAUUUUGGGGUUUUAUCCACAGCAGAGUAAAAUAUGUUAAUCAACAUGGAAGAACAGCUUUCGCCCAUAAUGAACGCACUGGCGAAAGCUGCCGUAUGUGAAAUUAGCCAACUGUUCUCGGAAGGCUCGGCUACCCUUCGCUUACAAAUAACUCGGAGCCUGAAAGAAAAUGAAGCGCUGAAGACGAGGAUGGAAGUGAUGAGGAGGGAGCUGCUUUUUUUGCAGCUUCAGACCAGAACAAAUGCAUCGCGUGAUGCAUUGCGUACGGCAAGUCGUUUGGCCCUGGCUCGAGCCAACAUCUGCCGACCAGGGUCUAAACCACUGGGGAAUGAAGACUGCGGUGACUUUGGGGACAGCAGCACACAGCACGGCGCCACCUCAGAGAGUCGGCAUGUGGACGCCCCUGGCUCCUCCCAGAUGUCCAGUCAUAGCGAGGAGCUGAGGAUCCUGAGCGCCGACGGAAAAGGGGAGGGCCCACUGGCGGCAGAAGGCCAUGACAUCCUCUUCACUGCGUCUGAAGUGGAGGCCUUGAGCUCCCUGUCUGCAGACCAAAGCGGGACCACGAGCCUGGAGCACGGCGAGCGGCUGGUCCACCGCGAGGAGCUGACUGUGCAGCAGCAGACCCCAGACGCCACUUUAAUCAAGGUUGAAGAGGAUAUUGGUGGAGGCCUGCCCGCUGUAGAAGACUGCGUUGACUUUGGAGACCGCAGCACACAGCACGGCGCAACCUCAGAGAGUCUGCAUGUGGACGCCCCUGGCUCCUCCCAGAUGUUCAGUUACAGCAAGACGCUAAGGAUCCUGAGCGUGGCCAAGAGCCUGGAGCGCGGCGAGCGGCUGGUCCACCGCGAGGAGCUGACUGUGCAGCAGCAGACCCCAGACGCCACUUUAAUCAAGGUUGAAGAGGAUAUUGGUGGAGGCCUGCCCGCUGUAGAAGACUGCGUUGACUUUGGAGACCGCAGCACACAGCACGGCGCAACCUCAGAGAGUCUGCAUGUGGACGCCCCUGGCUCCUCCCAGAUGGUCAGUGAGGAGCUAAGGAUCCUGAGUGUGGCCAAGAGCCUGGAGCGCGGCGAGUGGCGCGUCCACCUUGAGGAGCUGCCCGGGCAUCGGGGCGGCCGCAAGGGCCGGGCCCGUGUCUUGUUUGGCAAGGGGGUUCCCGACAAUACCAAGAUGACCAUGCCCACCCACAACGGAGAGAAACCGUACGGCUGUGACCAAUGCAUGAAGCGCUUCGUACGGAGUGCCCACCUGAGGAUCCACAUGAAGAUUCACACCGGGGAGAAGCCCUACAGGUGUGACCAAUGCAUGAAGCCCUUCACAUGGAUAGGCAACAUGAAGCGCCACAUGAUGACUCACUCCGGGGAGAGGCCCUAUGGGUGCGACCAAUGCAUGAAGAGCUUCAGUAGAAACUCCCACUUGAAGAUCCACAUGAGGACUCACUCCGGGGAGAGGCCCUUCAGGUGUGAUCAAUGCACGGAGAGCUUCAUUAGAAAAUCCAACCUGAAGACCCACAUGAUGACUCACUCCAGGGACCCACUCCUGGGAGAAGCCCUACAUUUGUAAACAAUGCAUGAAGCUCUUCAGGGCAAGCUCUCACAUGAAGGAGUACAUGAGUAGUACUCACUUUAAUUAAGAUUAAGUCAAGAUUAAUUUUAUACCCACCACUUGAAAAAAAAUAAACUUGAGUUGAAUUAU